CAUAUUUUCCUUUAAAAAAAGAAUGGGAAGGUAAACGUUCUCCCCAAAACAUCCGAAAGUCCGCAGGACCACAUUCUUGUCAUCUUCGAAUGUCUCUUCGAUAUGAAAAUUAUGUUUGAAAAACUCGCAGUCGAAAAGGAAGCACAAAGAGAAGAAAUAAGGUAAUGGCGCUGAUUUUGAAAAUGUCUUGUAAAUAUUGAAGAAUUUACGACGUUUGUUUCUAAAUUACUACAUGGCAAACCUUCCAUCGGAGAAAAUAAAUGAACUGAAACAGUUAAUUCAUAAUCAUCUGAAUCAAAGCGACAUUCACUCAAGGAUAAAGGCAUGUUUAGAUGACUCUUUAAGUCGAGAGUAUGAAGCAAGAAAGGAUAAUUUGAAUAUAGACGAAAAUAACAUAAUGAAUCUAUUACGUGAACGCGGUGUUAUAAAUGACGUUAUGAAGACGUUGAAAUUUGAUGGAGUUGGCAGGAAAGUUGGAAAUGAAGAAAAACAAACGACAAUGCAACCAAGUACAUCAAAUAUUGAAAAUUCUUCAAAACAAAAAGUUGGUUUAGAUCCUACCAAAAGAUACCUUUAUCUACAAGUAUUAGGUGGUAAGGCGUUCUUGGAGCACCUUCAGGAACCUGAAGCUCUACCUGGUCAAAAUAUGUCCACUUUUACAUUACAUGUAUAUUUCAAAGGACAACGUUUUCGCUCACAACCAGUAAAUUGCUCAUGUGAACCAGAUAUACAAGAAGGUUUUCUACUUGAACUUCAAAAAGACCAAAAUAAAAUUGCUGAUGCCGUAACCUUGCUUACUAUACCUGAUCAAAUUCACAUUGUGCUUAUUAAAACAAGCAUUGGUGGGGAACAAUCUUUGCUGGGCUUGCAUGCAUUGAAAUGGAGGACUAUUCUAGCUGCUGAGACUGGCUCAUUAAGAAAUUCCAUUGAAAUAAAUGGAGUAGGGAGUGAAUGUAAAGUACCCAUUGGUGUAUUGGAAAUGAAGUUAGAAAUUGUUCCAAGAUUAAGUCAGAUUUUACAAAAGGAUGUUGUACGAACACAAGAAGAUUUAGAACACAGUAAAAUAUGUGAACGCGAGAGGUUAUUCUUAAUAUACGCGAAACAAUGGUGGAGAGAAUAUUUACAAAUUCGUUCAUCACAUUCUGAACGGUUGGUAAAAAUUUUCGCGCAAGAUGAGACUGGUACUAGUCGACCUACGUGUUCAUUCGUACGGCCAAUCAGAGCAGGACGUUUGAUCGACACGGCUCGUGAAGCGGCGCGAUUCGUUAGUUUGAUUGCGUACGAGAAAACUGUUAAUGUUGGUGGAGGCCGAACGGAAAUAUGGUCGAGUUUAUAUUCAUUUUUGUGCAGAAACAAAGGGGAUUGUGAAGACCACGCUAUCUUGUUGUGUAAUCUUCUUCUUGGAUUUGGCCUUGAUGCUUAUGUUACCAUAGGAACAAAAACGGAGGGUGCGCAUAGUUGGGUUACAACAAUCAGUCCAAAUGGAGAGGUUGUCUUCUGGGAAAGUCUAACUGCACAUAGAUUUGUUCACUAUUUUGUUGAUCCUGAUGAUCCCCCUAUGGACAAACAACAUCCUAAAGCUAAACAUUCUUACCAAACUGUCGGUUGUAUUUUUAAUCAUUGUAAAUUUUAUGCAAAUUCUCAGCCUUCGGAUCGUGUCGACGUUUGUCAAUUUAAUUUACAAAAUAAAUCUCUGUGGAAGGCGAUGAGCGAGGAAGCAAUAAAAUCUGUUUGUGGAGAUCUCGGUUUGCCAACAUCUGCGAUCUUCCCUCCUCUGUGUGCAUCUAAUAUCGACGCUGUAACUGCCAGUAACGUAAUGGAAUAUAGUUUAAGGAAGCUUGUGGAAGAUUUAAGACAGGAUGUAGGACUUACAACGAUUUGGGAUGAUGAAUUAAGUUAUUUACUAACUCCGGCUUUGUCAUAUUAUGAAAUGGAACAUAAAACUGGUUUAUCCGUCGGCAAUGAGGAAUUCCAACAUGCAAUUCGAAAAAACGUUCCCGAUGGUCACACUUUCAAAGGUUUUCCCAUUCAAUUUGUUCAUAUGAACGCUAGGAGAGCACUUGGAACGUCUCUCAGGUCCCCUGAAUGUGAAGAAAUUAUUCGUUGUAAGGGUGACCAUGUGAGGCAUGCCUUACGGGUAAGGGUUUUUCCCUACGUUGAGUCGACAUGCGCAGUAUGGAUAAUGUUUGCAUGCAAAUAUCGCUCGGUGCUAUGAUAUACGUGUAAGUUACAAUUCUAUCAGUGAAAUUUGCCUUAAAUAUUGUGUUAAAUAUCAAUGUUGCAAGAACUUCAUCCCAGGAAAAUGUUUUAACUUUGAAUUACAAAUCAAUUAUUAUCUGUAAGGGCUUCGUAUCGCGAUAAGUUGCCUUUCAGUCCCGUUUCCGGUCUCCCGCUGAACGUGGCGAAAGUAUUUUCAUGUAAAAUAAAGUAAUGGUGAAGAA